AUGGAGGUAGAUCAGACCCAGCUCCGUGGUGACAUUCGACGCACCUGCUUCCGCUGCGGCAGUCCGGGCCAUCUUGCCCGUGACUGCCCCACCCCAGCUGACAUACGUCACGCCAAUGUCCUUGACGAGGUCAUCAAUCAGCUAGGGAGUGAUUUGCUUUCCGAGUUGGUUGCUCGGGUCGCAACCACUGCUGCUGUCGCAGAUCAUGCGACUGAUGUCGCAGCUGAGGUGGAGCAGGGUUUUCUCCCCAGCGACGAGUGA